CAAGGGAGGCACACUUGUCUGCUUCUAUAGACUGGAGCUAGCACGGGAGGAAGUCAAACCCGUUCUGCACAAUGAAGAAGCAGCGUAAGACGGAGGCAGCACCACAAUGUGAGCUAAAAUCCUAUUCUAAGAACACCAUGGUGUUGGGGCCUGAACAGAAGAUGCCAGAUGGUGCUGCUUCUGAAGACUAUGGGGACUCUGCCAGUCUUGGUGCCAUCAACCCUGCCUACAGUAGCUCCUCUCUCCCGCAAUCCCCCGGGACAUCAGGGGAGCCCUUCACCACCUACUUUGAUGAGAAGAUUCCCAUUCCUGAGGAGGAGCACUCUUGUUUUAGCUUUCGGAAACUCUGGGCUUUCACGGGACCGGGCUUUCUUAUGAGCAUUGCCUACCUGGAUCCAGGAAACAUCGAAUCUGAUUUGCAGUCUGGAGCAGUGGCUGGGUUUAAGUUGCUCUGGGUUCUUCUGUUGGCCACCAUCGUGGGGCUCCUGCUGCAGCGCCUUGCGGCUAGACUGGGAGUGGUCACUGGGCUGCAUCUUGCUGAAGUUUGUUACCGUCAGUAUCCCAAGGUCCCACGAAUUAUCCUGUGGCUGAUGGUGGAGUUGGCUAUCAUUGGCUCAGAUAUGCAAGAAGUUAUUGGCUCAGCCAUUGCCAUCAAUCUCCUGUCUGUAGGAAGGGUUCCCCUAUGGGGUGGAGUUCUCAUCACCAUUGCAGAUACUUUUGUAUUUCUCUUUUUGGACAAAUAUGGCUUGCGGAAGCUGGAAGCAUUUUUUGGCUUUCUCAUCACUGUUAUGGCCCUCACUUUCGGAUAUGAGUAUAUUACAGUGAGACCCAACCAGAGCGAGGUGCUCAAGGGCAUGUUCCUGCCAUCCUGUUCAGGCUGCGGCACCCCACAGAUCCAGCAGGCUGUGGGCAUCGUGGGCGCUGUCAUCAUGCCACACAACAUGUACCUGCAUUCUGCCUUAGUCAAGUCCAGACAGGUAAACCGAGCCAAAAAGCAGGAAGUUCGAGAAGCCAAUAAGUACUUUUUCAUUGAAUCCUGCAUUGCUCUCUUUGUUUCCUUCAUCAUCAAUGUUUUUGUCGUCUCAGUCUUUGCCGAAGCAUUUUUUGAGAAAACCAACCAGCAGGUGAUUGAAGUCUGUAAAAAUAGCAGCAGUCCCCAUACUGGCCUUAUUCCUGAUGAUAACUCAACACUGGCUGUGGACAUCUUCAAAGGGGGUAUUGUGCUGGGAUGUUACUUCGGGCCUGCUGCACUCUACAUCUGGGCCGUGGGGAUCCUGGCCGCAGGGCAGAGCUCCACCAUGACAGGAACCUAUUCUGGCCAGUUUGUCAUGGAGGGAUUCCUGAACCUAAGAUGGUCACGCUUUGCCCGAGUGAUUCUGACCCGCUCUAUUGCCAUUAUCCCGACUCUGCUGGUUGCUGUCUUCCAAGAUGUAGAGCAUCUAACCGGGAUGAAUGACUUCCUCAAUGUUCUGCAGAGCUUACAGCUUCCCUUUGCUCUCAUACCCAUCCUCACGUUUACGAGCUUGCGGCCAGUAAUGAGUGACUUUGCCAAUGGAAUGGGCUGGAAGGUUGCAGGCGGGAUCUUGGUCUUUGUCAUCUGCUCUAUCAACAUGUACUUUGUCGUGAUUUAUGUCCAGAGUCUUGGGCAUAUGGUUCUGUAUGUGGUGGCUGCUGUGGUCAGUGUGGCUUAUCUGAGCUUCGUGUUUUACUUGAUUUGGCAAUGUCUGAUUGCUUUGGGCAUGUCCUGCCUGGAUUGUGGGCACACGUACCACGUGGGAUUGACAGUUCAGCCUGAACUCUACCUUCUGAACACCGUGGAUGCCGACUCACUUGUGUCUAGAUGACUGACAGCCUGCGAAGACUGUAUAAGAACCAUUUUCUCGUAGUCCAAGUGCCCCUUAACAUAUCUCUGUUAGUUCAGAGGUGAGUUUUGUUCAAAUGUUUUGAACAAAAUGCAAAGAUUUCCUCAUGGGAAGACUGUUAAAAGCUGACAGCUGUUAAGUGUAGGUCAGAGACCCACCCACCUCACAACAGUCCUACAACAGCCGGGAGUUAAUUGAUGGGCCUGUGAUGGCCACACACCCCUAUGGGCUUGUGUCUUAACUCCUGGAAUUAAAAAAAAAAAAGUGUAUGUAUUUAAGUGGACCCGAACAUAACAGUUUGGGUAGAGUUUAAAGGUUAUAAAAAUAGAUUUUUUGUAUUUUUUAAAAAAUACACUGUUCAGACAAAUCAGAUAUCUGUUUUUUCUGGAUCACAAGUGAGAAAGGAAAAGGAGUAACACUCUUUUUCAGAAUGAACUGGCCCACAUGACUUACCUUUUAAAGUGGUGCUUGGCUGUGGCCAGUUAAAUUUCAUUUCAGUUUUAAUUAACCAGACCCUUCGUAACUAAUGGUACUAGCACAUCAUUUCUAAAGAAAAUAUUUCUUACAUUUGGCAAUCAUAUUUAAUCCUAAUUAUCAGUAUGCUUUAUUAUUUUCUUGAAUUUUUUUUCAGAAGUAUGAUGGUGUUUUCCAAAGAGCUUAAUACCUAGUAACAAGAUCCAGAAACCAUACUUUUUUUAAAAAAUUGAUUUGAGAGAGAGAAAAACAUCUAUCGGUUGCCUUUGCACCCACCCCAACUGGGGAUUGAACCUGCAACCUGGGUAUGUGCCCUGACUGGAAAUCGAACCCACUACCUCUUGGUCUACAGGACAAUGCUCCAAUCAACUGAACACACUGGCCAGGGCCAGAAACCAUACUUUAACCAAUGAUCAUUUUUCCAUGCUGCAUUAUGUAAUGCAGCCCAUUCUAACAGUCAAGGUUUAGGUAUAAAAAUAAGAACCGUCUACUGUUUAACUUUGCAAGUCCCAACAAGAUAAUGGAGGUAUUCGUUUUCUUUCUAAAAUAUGUAUAGUCCCACCAUGUCUUUUCUUCCCACUUUUCCCAUUAACAGUCCAACAUCAUUUCUAGGUCCAAAGCUGUUUCCAGGAGUGGCUUAUAUUUCUAAUGUUGAAUCUCCUAGGGAAUGCUAAGCAUUUUAUUUCAGUGUAUUUAUACCAAGUAGUAAUAUGAGAUUAGAACUAGACUGGCACUUGGAAGAUUAGUCCACGUGUCACAAACUGCCGGCCCACGUGUGGCUUAUAGAUUUUUUUGACCCUCUUCCUAACCAGGAUUAUUUUCCUUAAAAUUUUUAUAAUAAAAAUGUAAUAUUUAAAAAUGGAAA